AUGAGAUACGACUUCUUCCGUGUUGUUAUUAUCUUGCUGCUGACCAAUCGCCUGCAGAAAGCCUCGUCACCAGAGAGUGACCUCCUCCGGCGCAAGAGGACUCAAGCUCUGUACAGAGCCUUAGACUAUGGGAAAAGUACAAGUGUGGUCUGCGUCGUUAACACAGAGCUGGUGGUGAACCUGAACAGGAGCGCUCCUCCUACAACUAAAUAUUUCUCUGUGAAAUGCACCCACAAUGUUCAGUACCUCAUCAGUCCUCGGCCUGAGGAGACCUCCCACCUGAGUCCUGUGCCUCUCACAGACAACUCUGUCCUGCUCAUCUCUAUGAAAGAAGCGAGUGACCAUGAAAAUGACAACAAGCUUUCAGUCCGGUAUUAUGACACUGACAAGAAUGUCUUGGACAAAGCAGUUCUGCACUUCACCGCAGUCGAAAUCUGCCUGGAUGUGGAUGCGGACAGAGAUGGUGUAGUGGAGAAGAACAACCCUGAUAAGGAUUCUUGGAAAUGGGGUCCACGUGGUCAUGGAGCAAUCCUACUGGUCAACUGUGACUCAGAGUCUGUGAAUAGGAAGAGACCGGACAGCGAAAGAGACCACGUUAUUCUGUCUUCGGAUGUUAAGGACAUGUCUCCAAUGAUGCUGAGAACUAAAGGCCCUGCCAAGCUUCCAGACCUAUCAACACAAAAAUACACUCCAAACCAUCCCACACCCAUACCUCAUAACUUACCACUUUAUCUUCAACCAUCCUUCCUUCCUAUCUCAACCCCUUUCCCAAACCCCUACAUACUUCCCUUUACCUUAAAACCACACCUCCUACCCCACCUCCAUCUCCCCAUUCCAAAAACCACUAACACUUUAUCUCCCCUACCCCACCACCCCAAAACACAACUCCAAACCCCACCCCUUUAA